AUGAGCGACGAACAGGACCCUUUAAUGGCUGCCUUCGAAGGUGAGGAAGCCGCUGCCAAUGGCGCUGAAAAUGCCGUCGAAGAGGUGGUCACAGAAGAAGUACAACAAGACAUUGAAAUGGUUGAUCCAGUAGUAGAGGCUCAUAAUAAGGCAUUGGGGGACUUCAAGAAGAAAUUAGUGGAACACAGACGUUACGAAGACCAAUUGAAACAACGUCGCCAGAACAUCAAAGAUAUGGAAAAACUGUAUGAUAAAACCGAAGACGAUAUUAAGGCUUUGCAAAGUAUUGGGCAACUAAUCGGUGAAGUAAUGAAGGAAUUAUCAGAAGAAAAAUAUAUCGUAAAAGCAUCUUCAGGUCCUCGUUAUAUCGUGGGUGUAAGGAACUCUGUAGAUCGUUCCAAAUUGAAAAAAGGUGUCAGAGUCACCUUAGAUAUUACUACACUGACAAUUAUGAGAAUAUUACCUCGUGAAACAGAUCCUCUGGUUUAUAACAUGACUAGUUUCGAACAAGGUGAGAUAUCAUUCGACGGUAUCGGUGGUUUGACUGAACAGAUUAGAGAACUAAGAGAGGUCAUUGAAUUGCCUUUGAAAAAUCCAGAAAUUUUCCAAAGAGUAGGUAUCAAACCUCCAAAGGGUGUUCUAUUGUACGGUCCCCCAGGUACCGGUAAGACUUUAUUAGCCAAAGCUGUAGCAGCAACUAUUGGUGCCAACUUCAUCUUUUCUCCUGCUUCAGGUAUAGUCGAUAAAUAUAUCGGUGAAUCUGCUCGUAUCAUCAGAGAAAUGUUCGCAUACGCAAAGGAACACGAACCUUGUAUCAUCUUCAUGGAUGAAGUUGAUGCUAUCGGUGGUCGUAGAUUCAGCGAAGGUACCUCAGCCGAUCGUGAAAUCCAACGUACUUUAAUGGAAUUGUUGACUCAAAUGGAUGGUUUCGAUAACCUAGGUCAAACAAAAAUUAUUAUGGCUACAAACAGACCAGAUACUUUAGAUCCUGCUUUAUUAAGACCUGGUAGAUUAGAUAGAAAAAUCGAAAUCCCACUACCUAAUGAAGCAGGUAGAUUAGAAAUUUUCAAGAUUCAUACCGCUCAUGUUAAAAAGGCUGGUGAGUUCGAUUUCGAAGCCGCCGUCAAAAUGAGUGAUGGUUUCAAUGGUGCAGAUAUCCGUAACUGUAUUACAGAAGCCGGCUUUUUCGCUAUCAGAGACGAUCGUGAUCAUAUUAUUCCUGAAGAUUUAAUGAAGGCUGUCAGAAAAGUAGCGGAAGUAAAAAAAUUAGAAGGUUCAUUGGAAUACAAAAAGUUAUAA